AUUUGGACUCGAAGUAAAAUUCUUCAACGAGAAUAUUAGCAUCCAAAUGGCACCAAGAGGCAAAGGUGUGGCCACAAUUCUAGCCAUUGGCACAGCAAAUCCACCCAAUGUCAUCCUUCAGCCAGAUUAUCCUGACUUAUAUUUCAAGGAAGUCAAUAAUGAUGAUGAGCAUCUACAACGCUUGAAGCUAAAGUUCAAAAGCAUAUGUGAGAAUUCAAAGAUAGAGGAACGACAUGUUGCCCUGACAGAAGAAUUUCUGAAACAAAACACAGAAGAUGGCAAGUAUGAAUCUCUUCCCUUAGAAAAUCUACCAACUGAACAGGUAGUAAACCUAGCCAAAGAAGCAUCAUUGAAAGCUUUACAAGAAUGGGGACAAUCCAUAUCAGAAAUCACACACCUCAUCUUAUGCACAACUUCUUGCUUCGGCAGCGUUCCCGGUCCAGAUACUCACCUCGCCAGACUUCUUAAUCUCAAACCAACCGUUAACAGACUCAUGAUUUUUGGUCACGGUUGCCACGCCGGUGGCACCAUCCUCCGUAUCGCCAAAGACAUGGCUGAGAAUAAUGUCGGUUCACGUGUUCUUGCUGUUUGUUCAGAAACCAUGUUAGCUUCGUUUCAAAGACCAACCGAUGAUUUUGCUCCUGCUACCGAUGUUCUUAUAGGACAUGCUCUUUUCGCAGAUGGUGCUGCCGCUAUGAUCAUUGCUGCUGAUCCUAAUCCUUCUAUUGAACAUCCACUAUUUGAAAUUGUUUCAGCUUCACAAACAACUGUUCCUGAUACCCAAAACUCAAUCAGAGCGCAAAUACCUGUUGAAAAUGGUAGACUUGUUUAUCAUUUUGUCAAAGAGAUUCCAAAUAUUGUGUCUAAUAAUGUUAAGAAGUGUGUGAUUGAUGCACUUUGUUCAAUUGGUUUUGAUGAAGAUAUUGAAUGGAACAAGUUGUUUUAUGUGGUUCAUCCAGGUGGACCACUUGUGUUGAGUAAGGUUGAAGAGAAACUUGGAUUGAGUGAAGGGAAGUUGAAGGAAAGUUGGAAUGUGUUGAGGCAGUAUGGAAACAUGUGGAGCUCAACAGUGAUUUUUAUAUUGAAUGAGAUGAGGAAGAGGUCUAAGAUUGAAGGGAAGGGGACCACUGGUGAAGGGUUGGAGUGGGGUGUUUUCUUAGGGUUUGGUCCUGGUGUGGUUACUGAGACUGUGUUGUUGCGCAGUGUAGCAUGUGUUGAAAAGUGAGUGUUGUUAGCAUUUCUCACUUAAUCAAUAGAUAAAUAAAGGAGGCUACGGCUAGUAAUACUCGUUGGGUUUGUUAUUUCAAUAAGUUGUUGGACAUUGCGUUGUAAUAUUUGGUGUUUGCAAUAAAUAUAUAGUUGUAACUCUCCAA